CUUUAAUUGUAUAUACGGUUUUUUUUUACUAAUUAAGGAUAAUAUUAAACUAAUUUGUUCCAUGACUUCCCUACUGAAUACGUUAACAGAAAAUGACAGUAUUAGAAACAGAAGAAGAUGCAGAUAAACGUUCAGUUCCCCCUAGGAAGAAAUUUUGCUUAUCCCUUUCUGGCCGUGAACGUACAAUUUCUAGCAAGAUUUCUCAGGCUCCUCCAACUUUGGAGAGGGAAAGCCUUUUGAACAGAAAUACCUUUACACAUAGUACAAGCAAAAUGUUGAAUGGUUAUCGCAAUCAGCUGAGCAAUCAUCAAGAUGGAAGUUAUGAUGUAUCAAACAGUGGUACAGAAGGAUUGAGGAUAGCUACUUUAUGUAAUUUAGGAAAUACAUGUUUUUUGAAUAGUGUGAUAUAUACUCUACGAUUUGCACCAUCCUUUCUACAUAAUUUGCAUCACUUAGCCACUGAUUUAUCUAAUUUAAAUGAUAAACAGCUUCAAACUAAAAUAAAGUCAUCAUCUUUGGGUAGAACUGGUGUGUCACUUACAUCAAGUGGCAGCCGAAGUUGGAGUAGCAAAGACCUGUUAGCUUUAGCUGGACCCACUGGGGAUAAUAAUAAACACAAAAUACAAAUAGCUACAGAGAAGUUACAUGAAUUGUUUAUGGCAUUACAUGCAUCAGAAGCAAGGGAAAACAGUGAACCAUAUCAGCCAGGUGCAUUUCUGCAGGCUCUUAGAGAAGUGAAUCCUAUUUUUGAAGGAAAUCAGCAACAAGAUGCUCAUGAGCUUUUAGUAUGUUUACUUGAUAAUAUCAGGGAAACAUUCCAAUUGUUGGUCAGAUAUAGAGAAAGUCAGUUUGGUCAAAAUAACGAUGAAUUGUCAAAUUUUUCCACUGAACACUUAACAGAUAUGCAAUCAGAAGGUAGUAAUUCUAAUAAACGAAGUAUUCGCAAAUCUAGAAAAAAAAAGAAAAUAACAACAAGAGGAAGUUCGUCUUGUCUUGUGCAAUCGAAUUUAAAUGGAGUUUCAGUAUCUUCUAGACCAUAUGAAAAUAUGAAAUAUUAUAUGAAAUAUUGUAUGAAAUAUGAAAAUGGUCAUUCUGAAUUUUUGGAAAGUAAUGGAGAUAUAAGCAGUCAUAGGCCAGAAAGCAAAAAAUGCUUUAUUUCAGAAGACUUUGAAGGAGUUAGUCUUUUGCGAACUACAUGCCUUGAGUGUGAACAUGUUACAGAACGAAAAGAAACAUUUUGCGAUAUAUGUGUGCCUAUUGAUAUUGACAGAUCUAGUGAAAAAGAUGAAGAAGUUAGACCAAUGGAUAGUAGCGAAGUGUACAAACGUGCAGUAGUCACUAGUGAACUUCUUUGGGGCAGAGAUAAAUAUUGGUGUGCUCGUUGUCUUCGAUAUAACGAAGCUCGAAGAGCUGUGUGUUUCCCAUCUUUACCAAGGUUACUCAUAUUACAGUUGAAACGAUUUUCUACUGCAGCUGGGUCAAUGGAAAAAAUUAAUAAUCAUAUGCCAACGCCACUAACGUUACAAUGUUUUUGUGAAGAAUGUAACAGCGAUCAAACAUGUGCAAGUACAGGUGGCAGAUCAAAAUCGCGACAUGUAUAUAAACUGUAUUCUGUGAUUAUGCACCAGGGUGCAACAAUGACAGCUGGUCACUAUGUUGCUUAUACCCGUUUACCUGAUGAAUCUGCGCUCGGAGAGUAUUUCGAAUGUGAUCGAGAUAGUAAGCGGCAAACUGCUGGUCAGGGUACUAGCAGCACAAAUACAAAUUCAUCUUCAUCAGACAAAACGUCCGGUAUAUUAAAAUACUUCAGAAGUAAACCGAGUGCUAGUGAAACUAAGGAACAGUUAGUCAGGGUUGGUUGUCGCAGUAUAGAUUGUUGUGGUAUACGACGUCAUAAACAUCCUGGUACUUGGUUGGAAUGUGAUGACGAAGCAGUACACGUGAUUCCAUUGCGAGAGUUAGAAGAUAAAUUAGCACCAAAUCCUCGAAAUUCCGCCACUCCUUAUCUCUUAUUCUAUGUAAGGUCCAGGACGUAGAUAUUCCUUUUCCCAGAUAAGAUAUAUACAGUAUUAUCCAGAUAAGUGACCGCGAAACAAGUCUAUUUGUGAUCACUUAACUGGAGUGUAGCAUCGUUUUUUCAUUGGUGGAUGAUCCCCU